GAGCAGGUAAUGUUCAGUAUCAGCAGUUGCUAGUGGCUCGUUUUUAACUUCUUACUAAAUCGUUGUGAGUCGGUAGUGAACGAUGUUUUGGAACUGACCUUAGUGCUGUUGCAAAAUGUGGUGCAAACCUGAGAUUGUCUACAGAAUCUCGUGACAACUUUUUUUUUUACCAGAACGGGUACAUGCGGAUUUGUAUCUGAUAGUGUGUUGAGCUUUUGCACUCGGUAUAACCUUGUAGAAAAUACAUAGGCAAUUGAUUCGGCUUCCUUGACUCCUCCAAAAUGAGGUUAGAACUUGUUCGUCAGGUUUCAGCCUUGCGCUCCGUAUUAAGUGCAUUAAAGGUAUACCAGCCGCGACAGCAUUCCACCGAUGUGAAACCUUUAGUAGCAGAACCAGUACCGAAACAGGAACCUCGUGAAACGUCAAAACUUGCAACUGCGCUCAAGCCUCGUCUGGAAGUGGUAUCACCUGUUGCAGCAACCGUGGAAAAAAGUCGAGAUCAGACCUCAGCUCUACUUGACACUUUUGGAAGAAAUCAUACAUAUCUAAGGAUAUCACUAACAGAAAGGUGUAACCUCCGAUGUACAUAUUGCAUGCCUGCAGAAGGUGUACAAUUAACUCAGAAGACUAAAUUACUUACAAAAGAAGAAAUUUUAUAUAUUGCAAAGCUCUUCGUUCAAGAAGGAGUUCGAAAAAUUCGGUUGACGGGCGGAGAACCAACUGUAAGAAAAGAUAUUGUGGAAAUAAUAGAGAAACUCAAGCAAUUACCCAAAUUAGAAAGUGUUGGAAUUACAACGAACGCAAUCAUGUUAACGCGUUUACUAGUUCCUAUGCAGCGAGCGGGUCUUGAUGCACUCAACAUUAGUUUGGAUACACUAAAGGUGAAUAAAUAUGAACAAAUUACUCGGCGGAAAGGAUGGGAGCGAGUUAUAGCUGGAAUCGACUUAGCCAUUCAGUUGGGCUAUAAGCCCAAAGUUAAUUGUGUACUAAUGAAAAACUUUAAUGAUGAUGAAAUUUGUGAUUUUGUGGAAUUCACCAAAGACCGAAACGUAGAUGUACGUUUCAUUGAGUAUAUGCCCUUCACAGGGAACAAAUGGCAGACCGACAAGAUGGUAACGUUCAAGGAAGCGAUGGAUGUUAUCAAAAACACUUGGCCGGAUUUCACCAGUCUUCCAAACGGACCUAAUGACACGUCAAAGGCGUACGCAGUCCCAGGGUACAAGGGGCAAGUAGGAUUUAUCACUUCAAUGACUGAACACUUUUGUGGAACGUGCAAUCGACUGCGAAUUACAGCAGAUGGCAAUCUAAAGGUUUGUCUUUUUGGGAAUAAAGAAGUAUCUUUACGUGAUGCGAUUCGAGGUGGCUGUUCUGAGAGCGAACUUAUAGAGUUGAUAUCCAGUGCUGUGAAGCGAAAAAAGAAGCAACAUGCAGCACCACUACCUCAACGAAUUCAACAGCCACUAGUAGACUUUCCAAUUUCUGUAUUACCUUCAUUACUAUUCGGAUUUAGAACUUCAUCUUUAAAAAUGCAGCAAACACGGAAUUAUCAUAAUUCAUCAACUCUAAGAAAUAAAGCCUUAACCCAUGUAGAUUCUCACGGCAAAGCGAAAAUGGUGGAUGUAUCUUCAAAGGGUGUAACUGCGCGUAUGGCCCAGGCUCAAGCGACCGUUUACAUUGGACCAGUCAUAACAAAACUUAUUCACGAAAAUAAUAUUGCAAAAGGAGACGUUCUAACCAUAGCUCAAUUGGCAGGGAUAAUGGGUGCCAAACGAACAGCCGAUAUCAUCCCCCUUUGUCACAACAUACCAUUGUCUUCCGUUGAUGUCAGAGCGGAACUUGCUAAAAAGGAAGAGUGCGUGGUUAUUCUGGCUACAGUUCGCUGCCAAGGAAAGACUGGCGUCGAAAUGGAAGCAUUGACAGCUGCAUCCGUCGCUGCCCUCACCGUUUAUGAUAUGUGCAAAGCUGUUUCACAUGAUAUUAUUAUUCGAGAUGUGAUGCUAAUAGAGAAAUCUGGAGGGAAAACGAAAUUCAAGCGGCUGGAAGAUGAUGGUUUUACAUUGAAUUAUAACAAAGAACCCAUGGACCUCAAGGAACCAUUUUAUCCGCUUCAUCAUUGAAAGUUUACGUUUCAAGUCACUACUUUACUAUAAAUAAGAACUGUGGAUCAAAAAUUAUAAGGCAACGUAUUUUCAGUAUAUUGUUAGACAUUAUAUACAUAUACAUAUGUUUUUUAAAGGACCUGGCUAGAAUUAAUCCUAUUUUUAUAUUCAUGCUCACGUAGCUAUUGAUAAAUUCACUUGGAAAAUAAAUACUUUUAUAUAAAGA